UUUCCCUCCCGCUCCCACUUCAGUUUCUCGGCCAGCCGCCGCGGUAGCUCACUUGUGCACCUGCCAGGAUUCCGACUCUCCAGCAUCAGAACGGUUUUACGCGAAGAUGAAGGCGUGAGUGGCGGGCGGAAAGAUUCGCAAACAUGGGGCACGCACGCCUGUGGACGGGCUUCUGCGUGUUAGCCCUGCUCGGCCAUUUGGGCAGCACCGGCAGCAGAUAUGGUUGUCUCUUUGAGAAACGCUUAUGCUCACGACAGGAGAUCUGUCACAAUGAUGGCCUCUUUGGCCAAUGUCAGGACCCUUUAAAACAUGACGCUAUUCUCUACGAGGUGUCCAUCCCUGAUCUUCAGAGACUGCAGCAGGUUCUCAAGCAGCUCAUGUUGCAAGGUCUAUCCUGGCAAGAUGACAUCACACAGUACAUCAUCUCCAAGGAGAUGGGCCGACUGCCCCACAUGUCCUCUACAUCUCUACAGAAGGAGGCGGGUCCAGAAAAAAUAUAUCGUAAGAGGGUAUCUUCUGGGAAGCUGAUGUUCCCUGGGGAGAUUUCUCGUCCAAGCUCAGACCAGCUUCCCCCAUACCUAAUCCAGCGUUACUUGGACUACAUGGUGCUAAACUCUCCAGCACAGGUCCCUGUCAGUCAGGAGGGGACUCUGUUGGACCCUUACACAUAUAAAAAGUAUGGCCUUCAGGAGAGUCAGAGGCAGAGAGAAGCUCUCAACGUUGGUUUCCCACGUGCAGUUUCUCCUUCUACUGUCUCCCGGAAUGCUGCCCAUGACCGCAGGCUCCUUGAAGAUCUUCUCAUGCUUUAUCUGUCUGGGGGUCAGGCCUCUCGCCAACAGGGUUCAGCAGCAGCAGUGACAGCGUUCUACCAAGACAGAGACUUCCCAGAUGAUUAUUUUGAAGAUGAUGAGCUGAGCACUAGGAGGCACCUAGCCAAAGAUUAUGGCGAAGUCCCAUCUGUAGAUGGUGAUAUGCAGAGAUUACAGGCUAUCCUGGAUAAGUAUAAUAUAGAUGUCCAUGACCUCAGCGACCAGCAGCUAAUCAGCCUAUCGCAAGUGCUCCAGUUGAUGCCAAUGAAGUCACAAGACUCAACUGCAAAAGAUUCGAUAGAGCACCUUGAGGAUAUAGUGACAGAUAUUAAAAAGGUAGAGGGCACUGAGGGUGACAUGACUCACUUUGGUGGGAAAAAGAAGAUAACUGAGCCCUCUGCAGAUUUGCAGACACCAUUGGCUAGAUCAACACAAGAACCUGGUACAAUUACAGAAGUGGGAAGUGAGUCUGUGGCUGAAACCAAUGGUUAUCCCACAUUAAAAGUGACAGAAGUAAUGAAGAAGAACCCCCAGGAUUCUAGUAUGGAGAAGACAGGGGAUGAGCACCAGAAUCGAGAGGAGUAUGGCUACAUUGUCACUAAUCAGAAACCCCUGAGCCUUUCUGAUGGAAUUCAUUUGCUGGAAACUUUGGCUGAAAGGAUUCACGUAGGCACUAGCACCUUCAUCAAUAUCAGUGUUGUGGGACCAGCUCUGACUUUUCGUGUUCGACAGAACAGUCAGAAUGUGAGCAUUGAUGAUGUGGCCAGCAGAGCAGUUGCAGAGAAAACUUUCUUGGAAUCAGAAACAGGGCUAAAAAUUGUGCAGACUGGCGUGGGAGAGCGAAACGAGGGCCUUGCCUUGCCACAAACUGCAAGAGUUCACGAUUCAUCACAUUGGGUCUCCCUGAUGUUGGUGGGAGUGGCAUGUGUAGGGGGUACUCUUAUUGCAGCUCUAACUAUCGCUUGUGUUAGGCAUCACUCAAGGCAGCUUGGAAGUGGCAAGCUAGGAUUGGGACCUGAGGGAGGCUGUGACACACAUUUUGAGUAUCAGGAUCUGUGCAGACAACACAUGGCAGCCAAAGCUUCAUUCAGUCGACAAGAGGCAGGGGGAACAGACACGUCAAGGGUGAGCAGUGUGUCAUCUCAGUUCAGUGAUGCCCCCCAGGCCAGUCCCAGUUCACACAGCAGUACCCCUUCCUGGUGUGAAGAACCAGCCCAAUCUAACAUGGACAUUUCCACUGGGCAUAUGAUAUUGACCUACAUGGAAGACCACCUCAAGAAUAAAGACCGGCUAAUAAAGGAGUGGGAUGCUCUCUGUGCCUAUCAGGCCGAACCCAGCACAUGCUCAGUAGCUCAGAAUGAGAUUAACAUCAAGAAGAAUCGAAACCCUGACUUUGUACCCUAUGAUCAUUCUCGAGUGAAGCUGAAGCCAGAAAUAAACCCAUCCAGGACUGAUUUCAUCAAUGCAAGCACCAUUAUUGAUCAUGAUCCUCGGAUGCCAGCAUAUAUAGCUACCCAGGGACCACUGUCACACACAAUUGCUGACUUCUGGCAGAUGGUGUGGGAAAAUGGCUGUACUGUCAUUGUCAUGAUGACUCCACUAGUGGAGGAUGGGGAGAAACAGUGUGAUCGCUAUUGGCCAGAUGAAGGCUCCUCUCUUUACCAUAUUUAUGAGGUGAACCUGGUCUCAGAGCACAUCUGGUGUGAAGAUUUUCUUGUGCGCAGUUUCUACCUAAAGAAUGUCCAGUCCCAGGAGACACGAACUCUCACACAGUUUCAUUUCUUGAGCUGGCCAGCUAAGGGCAUUCCAGCCUCUACACGUCCUCUGUUGGAUUUCCGCAGGAAAGUAAAUAAAUGCUACAGGGGCCGAUCCUGUCCGAUAAUCGUACACUGCAGUGAUGGAGCUGGGCGUACUGGAACCUACAUUCUGAUUGAUAUGGUACUCAAUCGCAUGGCAAAGGGAGUUAAGGAGAUCGACAUUGCUGCAACCCUGGAGCACAUUCGUGAUCAGAGGCCUGGCAUGGUGCGCACUAAGGACCAGUUUGAGUUUGCGCUCACAGCUGUCGCAGAGGAGGUGAAUGCCAUUUUGAAAGCCUUGCCACAGUGAAGCCAAUAUGGAGUGGAGGGGGACCCAUGCUGUACAGUCCCAUACAUCCAUCCCAAAGCAUAUCUAUCUUGAUUUCUUUUCUCCAGCCGCCUGAACUCUAAUGGAGGAGUUUGGAGGAAAAUGUUCUGUAAAAUGAAAACAUCCCACUGCAUUUUUUUUUUUUGUUUUAGAUUUCACAAAAUAAGAAUCCAAAUAAGGCUUGUGGUUGUUUUAGGUUGAUUGAUGGAGUACACCAUGAAAUCCACUGCUAAGCUUGGUAGGUUGAUUGAUUGACACAAUGAAACACCUUAACCCCUGCCAGUGCCGUUUACUACUUACGAUGAAGGAGCCUGCUGUGUGCUGAAAUUACUCCAAAAUAUUUAACAUUUACAGUACGAUAUGCAAUUCUAGACACUACAGGUCGUUCUUUGCUCAGUGCCUUGCAGGGUGUCAGGAAGUUUCUGUUGUUGGGGUUUUUUAAAUUUGUUUGGCUUCAUUUUCGAUAAACAACACCCGGAGCCUUUGGGCACGUUGUGUUUCCAGCUCUUGUGACAUUAUACUUGCUUAUUUUUCCAUUUAAUAAAAUAUAACUGGAUUUUUUUUUUAAGCACAUAAAAACAAGUGGAGUGCUCAGAAAACAGCUCAAUGUGUACAGCGAGGGGUGGAUAACCUCUUUAAAAUGUCCAGCUGGCAUUUCUGUGGCACAGUGGGUUAAAUUUACCAGCAGGCACUUUAAUGCUUAAGAGGCUAAGAACUGAAGUUUGGUCAUUUAUUGUAAUCUUAUACUGUCUGAGGAGUCGGGCAAACCGUUAGUUACGUUUGCGCUCUAACAUUAAGGUGAUUGGGCAUAGCUUUGAAAGCAGUGCUUUAUAGUUUGUGUAGUUGAAAUUUUUGGGUGCUUCAAACGUAUUGGUCUGCCUUGAAAGUUCCUUUAGACUGUGUGACAAAACUUCAUUUUUCGCUGACCCCGGAAUUCAGCAUGUUACCCAGUAAAGUCCCUGAUGUGUUGAAGCACACGUGUGUCACAAAUGAGCUUGGUGGUGUGGACGGCAGCCUUGAGCCAUGGGCUUUGAGAGUAAGGCACUGGUGACAUCUUCUCUACCAGCUCAGGUUAGCCCUUUAAGCCUGAUGCGGGUGGACAGUGCUGCUCACGGUAGUGGCAGGUAGUCAAGAAGCCUUUAACUGCAGGCCGCAGCUCUGCCGGUCCUAAAAGCGGCUUGCUUUUUCUUUGCCAAGCAACAGUUUUGACGGCCCCUGAACUCUGGACAUACCAUAACCCUUACAAUUCCACUCCUUCACAUUACAGGACAGCCUCUCCUUAAGGGUGCAGCACUCCUCUAGUGGACAGAAGGCUGACAUUUUCAUUUCUUUAGCUGCUGCCUCUUUCAAGCCGAUUUCUGUACAGAAGUCCCUUUCUCAGCAUGUUAAAUCUAAAACACUGUGGGUGCCAACACUGAGCUGCAGUCUUUGCCCUCCCAACUGGCCCAAGACUGGAUUGCUGACUGUGGUGCCAGUCGAGUAUGUAGAGGUAGUCAGCAGCGGCACAGAUAAUAGAAAACUGAACUGGAGCCAUCCAAAUGGCUGCCCAUCACUUCCCACUUUGUUCAAUCUCAGCUUAACCUUAAAGGCUGCUUCCUUGGUCCCAGGGUCAUUAUUAGUGCUGUGCUCUUCUAAUUAUUGUGGAGGUUAUUAGUGUAGUAUUGCUUGCUGUAUUCCAGUAGCAAACAAAUGGAAAAAUACUUCUAUAAAAAAAUAUAUAUAUAUAUAUUUAUUUUGUAUCUUGAUGUGAAUAAAGUUUAUUUGUGAAGUUGUGCAA